GUUCGACAAUCUUACACUGCUGUCUCGUAAUUUAGCGAAGAUAAGUUGCGUCAGGGUGGUAGACGUCGGCAGGUGGACCGUCUUCGGGUGAGCUUGAAAUGGAUAUGUCAUCUUAAAACAGAAAUCCGUGAAAAAAAUCAGUAGAAGUACGAAUCAACAGCAAUGACUGCACCGACGAAGUUCAGCUGCUGGUUGUUUCUUGUUGUGGGGCUGGCAUGCUUAGCUACAUGUCAGGAUACUGGUACAAUUUUGACAUGCGAAGAGCUGCAGUGCGCAUUUGGUGUGUGCGUGGAAAGUUUGAAUGCCACAAUGAAUGCCACCUGUCAAUGCUCCGAAGGAUAUGAGGGCAUGUUCUGCGAUAUGCCUACGAAUGAAUGUAGUUCCAAUCCCUGUCUGAACGAAGCGACAUGCGUGGACAGAGUUGCACAGUAUUUGUGCGUGUGUGCACCAGGCUUCAACGGUACCAACUGCGAAGACGAAACCGGACCUUGCCUGAGCAAUCCUUGUCAGCAUGGCACGUGUUCAAACAAAUUUGGCACAGACACCGAGUUCUUCACAUGUACCUGCGAGCCUGGCUGGGCAGGUGAUUUCUGUGAAUUAGAUAUCAACGAGUGUAUCGUGCUGGAUUUUCCGUGUAUCAAUGGCGCCUGUAACGAUCUCCUGAAUGGCUACAAUUGCUCCUGUUACCCCGGAUGGACGGGAUACAACUGCACAAUCGAUGUUGAUGAGUGCGCAAGUAAUCCAUGCCAAAACGGUGGCACUUGCGAUAAUCUACAAAGUGCCUUCAACUGCACAUGUCCCUCACGCUGGGAAGGGUCAGACUGCAGCCAAGAAAAGAAUGCAUGUGCAGAUAGUCCAUGCCUAAACGGGGGAUCGUGUAAUAACUUCUUCACAUUCUAUACUUGCACCUGUGCGGCAAACUACUUCGGUGAUCGCUGCGAGGAAGAUUCCGGUAUAUGCUACGCCACGGGCGACCCACACUACCUGACUUUCGACGGCCUUUGGCAUAACUUCCAAGGAGAGUGUGAGUACGUCUUGGUGAAGGAAUGCGUGGAGGAAAGUCCAGUGUUUCAGGUCGAUGUCAAUAAUGCAGGGAAGACAGGGAAUGCAACUGGUUCGUUUACGUAUGAGGUGCAUGUGCAGGUCCUUGGGUCGGACAUUCGCUUAAAGCAAGAGGGCGUUGUUUUCGUUGGGGGACGGCGGAUCACAAUACCUGCAGAGCCACAGGAAGGCGUAUGGAUCCGACAGAGUGGUCUGUUUGUGGAAAUAGACGUAAAUGUGAUAUCUGUUGACGGAAUGACGAUAUUUUACGUCAAGUGGGACGGCGAGCGGACAAUUGAGGUGCGACUGCCAACCUACCUGUACAUGGGCAGUGUGUGUGGCUUGUGUGGUAACUUUGACCGGAAUACUACCAACGAAUUCCAGACUCCAAACGGUCAACAGGUAAAUGACACUCAGGAGUUUGGUAAUAGCUGGAUCGUGGAUGCUUCCUGCCAAACGCAGCAGCAACCCAUCGGUCCCUGUGACAUGAACUCUGCAGCACUUGUCGAAUCCGAGAGAGCUUGCGCGAUCAUCACUGAUCCAGAAGGUCCUUUCGCUAAAUGUCAUGGACGAUUGGACCCACUGUCUUACUACACAGCCUGCGUGCAGGAUGGUUGCAUCGUUCCUUUAAAGGAUCUAAAUGCAACGGCUUGUCAUCUGAUCGAGUUUUACGCGCAGUCGUGUUCAGACAGAGAGGUGAUCCUGCCUGCUUGGAGGAACCAAUCUUUUUGCAAUGUGGCGUGCCCUGCUGAAACAACCUAUGGCUGGUGCACCAGCGCGUGUCCCGCCACAUGCUCCGACGUGUUAUUAGGAACCAUGGACACAUGUGAUCGUAAAUGUACGGAAUCCUGUGAGUGCGCGGAAAAUCUCGUCCUGGACGGGAAUUCGUGCGUGUCACCCUCCCAGUGUGGAUGUGUUGUGGACGGCUUCUACUACUCGGCCGGUGAAACAGUCUACACUCCAGGUUGCUUUACUGAACGCAUUUGCGUCGGUAACGAUGUGGUAACAUCAGCAGAUUUAGACUGUGAUAGUAACGCCUACUGUGGGAUAAAUGAGAACGGAUUGCAUGGAUGUCAUUGCCGAGCUGGUUAUACUGGGGAUGGAAAGACCUGCCAAGAUAUUAAUGAGUGCCAGAGCAAUCCAUGUGUGAAUGGUGAAUGCGUCAACGGCGUUAAUCUAUACGCUUGUAAUUGUGACAUCGGCUGGGCCGGGUAUAACUGUGGCGAGUACUUUGGAUGCUCUAGUAACCCUUGCAUGAAUGGUGCAACAUGUAUACCCUACGAGGAGGUUUACGAAUGCGUCUGUGCCAUGGGCUACAAUGGUACCUUCUGUGAAAUCAACACCGAUCCAUGUUUCCAAGAGCCUUGUCGAAAUGGAGCCACUUGCUUCAGUGAUGGUGAUUUCUACAAUUGCACCUGUGCAUAUGGAUUUAUGGGAAGACAUUGCCAAGACGAGGUAAACCCUUGCCUGAGUAACCCUUGCCAGAACAACGGUACCUGUAAUAAUUUCAUCGACUACUACACCUGUAUGUGUACAGGAUCUUUUAUGGGCAGUCAGUGUGAAACAGAGUAUGGUAUUUGCUACGCAUCUGGUGACCCUCACUACAAGACUUUCGACAACUUGUGGCAUGACUUCCAAGGCAUCUGCCAGUACACUUUAGUCAGAGACUGCAAGGAAGGAUUGGAGAGUCGCUUCUCCGUUGAGGUUGAUAACAGACGCAGGUCACCGGAAGCUACGGUAGCAUACACAUAUCAAGUCACAGUAAUUGUUGGUAAUUUGACAUUUACUCUCGGACAAAAUCGCGAUGUUGUGCUCAAUGAGGUCCGUAUUGUCCCACCUGCGGAGACUUCAGACAUCAGAGUCUCUUUCAGCGGAAUAUAUGUGCAACUUGUGACUGAUUUUGGGUUGUAUGUCCGAUGGGAUGGAGACAGCAGAGUUGAAGUACGAGUGACUGCAGAUUUCAAGGAUCAAACGUGCGGUCUUUGCGGCAACUACAACGGUGAUGGGUCCCCGGAAGACGAAUUCAGGACACCGGAUGGGAUAUUUCUUUCAAACGAAGCUGCUUUUGGUAAUAGCUGGGUAGUUGGAAACGAUCCCAACUGUGUCCCUCAGAGUGACGAGGUUGAACCUUGCCUUCAAGGGACAGAUGGAAGUAUCGUUGACUUGGGAAGGAACAAGUGCCAAAUCAUCAGAGACACCCAAGGUCCAUUUUCAAAUUGUCAUGACAAACUGGACCCAGAACCUUUCUACCGUUCGUGUAUCUACGACGUGUGUGCAUAUCCCAGCUCCGCUGACGAUGUCAUAUGUGAUCUUCUUUCCACCUACACUCAAGCCUGCAAGUAUCACUAUGUCGAUGUGCAGGUUUGGAGGAAUGAUACUUAUUGUCCUCUGGCUUGUCCAAGUAACAGCACCUAUGAAAUCUGUUCAUCUGCUUGUCCAUCUACCUGCCUGGAUUUCCGUCAGGAGAGCAAAACCUGUGACGACAGGUGCGUAGAGGGAUGCCAGUGCGAUCAAGGAUUCGUCCUAGAGGGGGCAAGCUGUGUGCCAACCGACACGUGCGGCUGCUUCAGGGAGGGAUUCUAUUAUGCUGUUGGGAGUGUACAUCUGACAGCACAAUGUAGCGAGCGAUGUCUAUGUCUGCCAGGUGGAGUGGUAAACUGCACGGAAAUUGCAUGCGACUCAAAUGCUAUCUGCGGCGUUGUAAACGGCGAGAGUAGGUGCAUCUGCAAUGAAGGUUUUACGGGGGAUGGACUUGACUGCUUAGAUAUCGAUGAAUGUGCCAGCAACCCGUGCGUCAAUGGAACCUGCAUCGAUGAAAUCAACAUGUUUAGAUGUGACUGCCUUGGAGGUUGGAAGGGUCUACUCUGUGAUACGACUGAUGAAUGUUUCAGCAACCCUUGCUCCGUGAAUGGUAGAUGUGUCGAUGGGGACAACACGUACACUUGCGUGUGUGACCCUGGAUACGAGGGUAUCAACUGUGAAACAGAAAUCGACGAGUGUGUGUCGGAUCCCUGCAUUCACAGCAGUACGUGCGUGGAUGGGAUGGCUGGAUAUACCUGUCUGUGUGCUGGAGGUUAUACUGGACCGAACUGUGAAGAUGAUAUCAACGAGUGCACAAGUAUGCCAUGCAUGAAUGGUGGAGAAUGUUUCAAUCUGGUGGACAGGUUCAUUUGUGAAUGCGAACCUGGAUGGAAAGGAGAUAUGUGCCAGAUCGAGGACACACCGUGUAGCCCUGGUACAUGCCAGAAUGGUGGAUCAUGCGUUCCAAUCUCUAAGGAUAUAUACAUUUGCGAAUGCCUUGAAGGGUUUCUUGGAGACAACUGCGAGAUCAAUUUUAACGAGUGUUUCAGUAAUCCCUGCAUGAAUUUUGCAACCUGUUUGGACGGCGCCAAUAGCUACACGUGCACGUGCCCAGUGGGCUGGACUGGAGACAGGUGUGAGGAAACUGAUUUACCCAAGUUAACGGUGGUCCAGCUGUGGAGCAACUCCUUUACCAUGGCCUGGACGAUAGAGAUCCCCGUAAACUGGUUUCGUUUCCAGCACCGGCUAGUCGGCGUAGAAUCGUGGACGUACGGGCCGACAAUCAGCGGCAAUCAGCUCAUGUACGUCUUACAAGAUCUGGAGAGCGAGACAGACUAUGAAUUUAGAGUUGGUAUGCAGAGAUCGACAGAUGAGAGUGUGGCUUACACGCAGCCGCACAGCGUGCGCACCUGCCUGUAUGGAUUCGGCAGUCCACUAGACUGUGCAGUAGAUUCUGCAAUGAGGGCGCCAUUUAAUAUUGGUAUUCACAAUGCCAGACCUUCAUCUUUAACUAUCACGUGGGGUCGUAAUGACACCAUUCAGGGUGACGUCAUUGUGCAGCAGAGGAUUUAUGGUACUGAGGAAUGGACGAACCACUCCGUGAUCAGUAGCCCAGUGUCGAUGUAUGAUGUAGCUUCUCUUCAAGGACAUGAAUACUAUGAGAUCAAACUCGUCUUCUCCUCGACGGGAGAGGAAAGUCUUGUAGCAAGAUUCCAUACGUGUGAGCCAGGAAGGACCGGACCUAACUGUGAAGACGUGUAUGGUACUUGCACGGUCUGGGGUGAUCCGCACUAUAUAACAUUCGACAAACGCCGAUACGACUUCCAGGGAGACUGCGACUACACUCUAAUCACCGACAGUUGCAUUGAAGGGCUCCCUCUACAGGAUAUGCCAAACUUCAGACUCGUCAGCAGGAACACCAAACGCAAACCCUCUGACAAAGUAUCCAGGAUCCAGGAAUUGUCGUUCAACCUGACUGGGACGGUGUACAGCUUGCUGUCAGGUGGAGAGGUCAGGGUAAAUGGAUUCUCAACGGCCUUGCCGAUUGUUGGAGCUGAUGGCGUCAAAAUUCUUUUCGCCGGAGUUUACGUGGUGCUCAGCACAUCAUUUGAUAUGACUGUGCGAUGGGAUGGCAAAAAUACAGUGGAAGUCACCAUUCCCCAGCGUAUUGGGAGAUCCAUUUGCGGAAUGUGUGGGACGUUCGAUGAUAGCUCGUCCAACGACUUCACUACACCAAAUGGGGCUGUGCUUGAUAAUACCAACGACUUUGGGCAAAGCUGGUUAGCCAACUCAGACCAGUGCGAGACGCUACCACCAACAUCAGAUCCGUGCCCAGGAGGGGAAACGCUUGGCAAUGCCAAUCAACUCUGCAGUGUAAUCUUGGAUUCUAGUGUAUGGAGCACGUGUUUAUCUUAUGUUGAUCCGCAACCCUACUACGACGCAUGCGUGUAUGAUCUGUGUGCGUCACUUCCAGAUGAGGAGUAUCUAUGUGAUAGUCUUACAGAGUUCGCCCAGUCGUGUAGACAGUCCGGUGGGCCGAUCGUGGAAUGGAGAAGUCAAGUUAUGCAAUGCGCACUCAAUUGCCCAGAUGGGAAGGUGUACGAUUCUUGUGCUAGUGCAUGCCAACCGACAUGCUCAACGGGGUUCAAUGUAGGGUCCGAUUGCCCCUUCGGCUGCCUCGAGACUUGUCGGUGUCCUGAUGGCCUCUUACAGGAUGGUAACAACGGAUGCGUGGAACCUGAAAAUUGUGGCUGUGUUCUGGUUGAUGGCACUUACGUCCAGUCCGGCAGCACAAUACUAGACGAGGGAUGUUCGAGGAAGUGUACCUGCCAGUCGGCUAGCUUUUCAUGUGAAGCCAACCAGUGUCAACCGUUUGCAGAGUGUACCAUCAAAGCUGGUGUCCGUGAUUGUUACUGCACAGAAGGAUACAUACUGGAUGGAGGCAGCUGUGUUCCAGCUCCCGGUGUCUGCGUGGUGUGGGGCGAUCCCCAUUACAUUACUUUUGAUAACUUCCUGUACGACUACCAAGGCGCCUGUCAGUACACACUCGUCAGGGACUGUCUGAACACAACAUCCCUUCCUUCCUUCCAUCUCAUCUCCAAGAACAGCAAGCGGAAGCCUUCGGAAAUCGUGUCCUUCCUACAGGAACUUCAGCUGGAGUACAUGGGAUCGGUAUUUACGUUUAUUAGAGGAGGUGAGGUGCGACUAGACGGAGUAACAGUUACUCUACCUUUGCUUCAUCCUUCUGGUGUUGUGGUCAGAGAUGCAGGACCUUAUCUGGAAAUGACCACUGAUUUCCAGCUAAUCAUCAAAUAUGAUCGGGGCUACGCUACAGAAAUCACUGUACCUUCCAGCUAUUGGAAUAGAACCUGCGGUCUCUGCGGCACGUUUGAUGGCGACCAGAGCAACGAUCUAACCACAUCAAAUGGAACAAUAACCACGAGUGCAUAUCAAUUUGGAAACAGUUGGGUGGUUAAUGGAGACGAAUGUGAUAUCUCGCCCGAUGUUCGCAACCCCUGCGAUGAUGAGACAUCAGAUAUAUUCUUGUUGGCACGGGAUUUGUGUUACACACUGAUACAGGAAGCUGGACCUUAUGCUUCAUGCUUCGACUUCGUAGACCCUACGCCAUAUUACGACUCUUGUAUGUAUGAUCUAUGUGUCACUUUGCCCGAUGAUGAGUUAUUGUGCAACAGUCUGAGUGGGUACGCUGAUGCUUGCCGGACAGCUGGUGGAAACCCUGGCGAUUGGAGGGGAGAGAGACCACAGUGUGGUGUCGAGUGCGAAGAUGGUAAAAUAUUCGACUCUUGCGGCACCGCGUGCCCUCCCACCUGUGUGGAUAGGAAUAGCUCCUUAAACUGCCCUGAUGUCUGUGUUGAGGGCUGCCGAUGUCCUGAUGGUACUCUGUUAGACGGUGGCCAGUGCAUUGAAGAAUCACAGUGUGGGUGCAUGUUGGAGGAAGGGAUUUACCUUCAAUCCGGAGAAACCUGGCUGCAAGCUGACUGUUCGCGCAAGUGCAUCUGUGAUGGAGGACAUCUGAGUUGUCAAGAUUAUGGCUGCCAUGAGUUCGCACGUUGCAUCCCCAAAGGCGGUGUUCGCGAUUGCUAUUGUAUGGAUGGUUUCAUGGGAGAUGGUCAAGAUUGUUCAAGAGCUCCUGGAGUAUGCACAGCCUGGGGUGAUCCUCAUUACAUCACUUUUGAUGGUGUCAAGUAUGACUUCCAGGGUGACUGUGAAUACACUCUGGUCAGGGACUGCAGGAAUAGCUCCGAAGAAGAUUCGUUCCACGUCAUCGUCAAAAAUGCCAAGAGGAAGCCCUCUGAAACAGUUUCCUUUACUCGAGAAGUGACCUUAAUAUUGAGAGGCACGAUGUACUAUCUUCGUAGCCAUAGAGAGAUUCGAGUUGAUGGAGUAACGCUUUCACCACCUGUGCUGCGUCCAGAUGGAGUCAAUAUCAGAAUAUCCGGCCGAAAUUUGGUGCUAACUACAAAUUUCCAGCUGAUUAUCCAAUGGGACGGUUCCAGUACGGUCAAAGUAGAGGUGCCAUACCAGUACUGGAACAACACGUGUGGACUGUGUGGAACGUUUGACGGAGACAGACUGAACGAUUACAGACGGUCUGAUGGUGAACUAGUCAACAGCGAGACGGAAUUCGGCAACAGUUGGGCGCUUGAUGUAGAACAAUGUAAAUCCUCACCAGAUACCCCGCAUCCCUGCGAAGAUAAUACUGACAAGUUCGAACAGGCUAACGACUUGUGCUACAUACUCAUAAAAGAGUCGGGACCAUUCGCCUCAUGUCAUGAUUUUGUCGACCCAACACCAUACCACGAAUCAUGUCAGUAUGAUCUCUGUGCCUCUCUUCCUGAUGAUUCACUUCUCUGUGACAGUUUAGAGAGCUAUGCACAAGCCUGCAAGCAAGCUGGGGGUAGACCUGGGAGCUGGAAGACUGUAACGCUGCAGUGCCAACUACAAUGUGCAGAUGGUCUAAUGUACGAUGCUUGCGGAACAGCUUGCCAUGCCACCUGCCAAGAGCCGCAGGGUGCUUCAAAUUGCUCGCAAUCUUGCAUCGAAACCUGUCGCUGCCCAGACGGUUUACUGCUCGAAGGUGAUCGCUGCAUUGAACCAUUUGAAUGCGGAUGCCUCUUAAACAACGGCCUGUCAUAUAUUCCUCUCGGUGAAGUCUGGGUGUCGCCUGACUGUACAGAAAAAUGCAUAUGUGGCGGUAGAUGUACGCCGAUCGGAUGUCAUGAGGCAGCAAAGUGCGCCAUAAAAGGUGGUGUUCGUGACUGCUACUGCAACCAUGGGUUUGAGGGAGACGGAACAGAUUGCCAAAGAGGUCCUGGCAUGUGCAUGGCUUGGGGAGAUCCUCAUUACGUAACCUUUGACGGUGUCGAGUACGAUUUCCAGGGGGAUUGUGAAUAUACACUUGUCAGAGACUGCCGCAACUCGUCUGUGCUUCCAUCAUUCCACGUGAUUGCUAACAACCUAAAGAGAAAGCCAUCUGAGCGCGUCUCGUUCACGAGAGAAAUUGUGUUGGACUUUGGAGGAAAGCAGUACGCUUUACUCCAAAGAGGAGAGGUGCAAAUCGACGGUAUAACCGUAUCACUACCUGUUCUGCAAUCGAAUGGAGUCAGUAUUCGAAAAUCUGGGGGCGAUGUGGUCCUUACUACAAGCUUUGACCUUGAGAUUAAGUGGAACGGCAAGGGUAAAUUUGUGAUCACAGUUGCAGCGACGUAUUGGAAUACAGUCUGCGGCCUGUGCGGAACCUUUGACGGGGAUCAAGACAAUGACUACACACUUCCCGAUGGAUCACUGGCCGAAAACCCAUCUGACUUUGGCCAUAGCUGGGCUGUGGACACGAUGGGAUGUGAACCACCAGUUGACCCGCCGCCUUGUCUUGAGGGAUCUGAGCUGUAUCGUCAGGCAUCGGAUCUUUGCUACAUACUGAUUGAUGUAACAGGCCCCUUUGCACCUUGUCAUGAUUUUGUGGAUCCAGGACCUUAUCAUGCGUCUUGUUUGUACGAUCUUUGUGAGACUCUUCCUGAAGAUGAUUUGGUUUGUGACAGCGCUGAGAGUUAUGCUGAAGCUUGCCGUGUAUCUGGACAAAUUCUAGACGACUGGAAAAGGGAGAAGGAGAUGUGUCAGCUACAAUGUCCCAGUGAGCUGAUAUACGAGUCUUGUGGCACAGCAUGUCCAGCUACCUGUCAGGAGCCACAAGGUAAUCCUGACUGCCAGCAGACUUGUAUCGAAACCUGCCGUUGUCCUGAUGGUCUUCUUCUGGAAGGAGAUCAUUGUAUCCAUCCUUCCCAAUGUGGUUGUCUCUUGCAAGAUGGAGUUACCUACCUUCCGAAUGGGGGCGAGUGGGUAUCUACCGACUGCAGCCAAAAAUGUGUUUGUGACGCCGGCCAAGCACAGUGUUCUAGUUUGGAAUGUGACCAGUUUGCCAAAUGUGGCAUUAAGAACGGCGUUCGAAACUGUUACUGCAGAAAAGGAUAUGUCGGUGAUGGAUUGAACUGUCAACGAGCCUCCGGCAUGUGCAUGGCUUGGGGAGAUCCUCAUUACGUAACCUUUGACGGUGUCGAGUACGAUUUCCAGGGGGAUUGUGAAUAUACACUUGUCAGAGACUGCCGAAACUCGUCUGUGCUUCCAUCAUUCCAUGUGAUUGCUAACAACCUAAAGAGAAUGCCAUCUGAGCGCGUCUCGUUCACGAGAGAAAUUGUGUUGGACUUUGGAGGAAAGCAGUACGCUUUACUCCAAAGAGGAGAGGUGCAAAUCGACGGUAUAACCGUAUCACUACCUGCUCUGCAAUCGAAUGGAGUCAGUAUUCGAAAAUCUGGGGGCGAUGUGGUCCUAACUACAAGCUUUGACCUUGAGAUUAAGUGGAACGGCAAGAGUAAAUUUGUGAUCACAGUUGCAGCGACGUAUUGGAAUACAGUCUGCGGCCUGUGCGGAACCUUUGACGGGGAUCAAGACAAUGACUACACACUUCCCGAUGGAUCACUGGCCGAAAACCCAUCUGACUUUGGCCAUAGCUGGGCUGUGGACACGAUGGGAUGUGAACCACCAGUUGACCCGCCGCCUUGUCUUGAGGGAUCUGAGCUGUAUCGUCAGGCAUCGGAUCUUUGCUACAUACUGAUUGAUGUAACAGGCCCCUUUGCACCUUGUCAUGAUUUUGUGGAUCCAGGACCUUAUCAUGCGUCUUGUUUGUACGAUCUUUGUGAGACUCUUCCUGAAGAUGAUUUAGUUUGUGACAGCGCUGAGAGUUAUGCUGAAGCUUGCCGUGUAUCUGGACAAAUUCUAGACGACUGGAAAAGGGAGAAGGAGAUGUGUCAGCUACAAUGUUCAAGUGAGCUGAUAUACGAGUCUUGUGGCACAGCAUGUCCAGCUACCUGUCAGGAGCCACAAGGUAAUCCUGACUGCCAGCAGACUUGUAUCGAAACCUGCCGUUGUCCUGAUGGUCUUCUUCUGGAAGGAGAUCACUGUAUCCAUCCUUCCCAAUGUGGUUGUCUCUUGCAAGAUGGAGUUACCUACCUUCCGAAUGGGGGCGAGUGGGUAUCUACCGACUGCAGCCAAAAAUGUGUUUGUGACGCCGGCCAAGCACAGUGUUCUAGUUUGGAAUGUGACCAGUUUGCCAAAUGUGGCAUUAAGAACGGCGUUCGAAACUGUUACUGCAGAAAAGGAUAUGUCGGUGAUGGAUUGAACUGUCAACGAGCCUCCGGCAUGUGCAUGGCUUGGGGAGAUCCUCAUUACGUAACCUUUGACGGUGUCGAGUACGAUUUCCAGGGGGAUUGUGAAUAUACACUUGUCAGAGACUGCCGAAACUCGUCUGUGCUUCCAUCAUUCCAUGUGAUUGCUAACAACCUAAAGAGAAUGCCAUCUGAGCGCGUCUCGUUCACGAGAGAAAUUGUGUUGGACUUUGGAGGAAAGCAGUACGCUUUACUCCAAAGAGGAGAGGUGCAAAUCGACGGUAUAACCGUAUCACUACCUGUUCUGCAAUCGAAUGGAGUCAGUAUUCGAAAAUCUGGGGGCGAUGUGGUCCUAACUACAAGCUUUGACCUUGAGAUUAAGUGGAACGGCAAGAGUAAAUUUGUGAUCACAGUUGCAGCGACGUAUUGGAAUACAGUCUGCGGCCUGUGCGGAACCUUUGACGGGGAUCAAGACAAUGACUACACACUUCCCGAUGGAUCACUGGCCGAAAACCCAUCUGACUUUGGCCAUAGCUGGGCUGUGGACACGAUGGGAUGUGAACCACCAGUUGACCCGCCGCCUUGUCUUGAGGGAUCUGAGCUGUAUCGUCAGGCAUCGGAUCUUUGCUACAUACUGAUUGAUGUAACAGGCCCCUUUGCACCUUGUCAUGAUUUUGUGGAUCCAGGACCUUAUCAUGCGUCUUGUUUGUACGAUCUUUGUGAGACUCUUCCUGAAGAUGAUUUGGUUUGUGACAGCGCUGAGAGUUAUGCUGAAGCUUGCCGUGUAUCUGGACAAAUUCUAGACGACUGGAAAAGGGAGAAGGAGAUGUGUCAGCUACAAUGUCCCAGUGAGCUGAUAUACGAGUCUUGUGGCACAGCAUGUCCAGCUACCUGUCAGGAGCCACAAGGUAAUCCUGACUGCCAGCAGACUUGUAUCGAAACCUGCCGUUGUCCUGAUGGUCUUCUUCUGGAAGGAGAUCAUUGUAUCCAUCCUUUCCAAUGUGGUUGUCUCUUGCAAGAUGGAGUUACCUACCUUCCGAAUGGGGGCGAGUGGGUAUCUACCGACUGCAGCCAAAAAUGUGUUUGUGACGCCGGCCAAGCACAGUGUUCUAGUUUAGAAUGUGACCAGUUUGCCAAAUGUGGCAUUAAGAACGGCGUUCGAAACUGUUACUGCAGAAAAGGAUAUGUCGGUGAUGGAUUGAACUGUCAACGAGCCUCCGGCAUGUGCAUGGCUUGGGGAGAUCCUCAUUACGUAACCUUUGACGGUGUCGAGUACGAUUUCCAGGGGGAUUGUGAAUAUACACUUGUCAGAGACUGCCGAAACUCGUCUGUGCUGCCAUCAUUCCAUGUGAUUGCUAACAACCUAAAGAGAAUGCCAUCUGAGCGCGUCUCGUUCACGAGAGAAAUUGUGUUGGACUUUGGAGGAAAGCAGUACGCUUUACUCCAAAGAGGAGAGGUGCAAAUCGACGGUAUAACCGUAUCACUACCUGUUCUGCAAUCGAAUGGAGUCAGUAUUCGAAAAUCUGGGGGCGAUGUGGUCCUAACUACAAGCUUUGACCUUGAGAUUAAGUGGAACGGCAAGAGUAAAUUUGUGAUCACAGUUGCAGCGACGUAUUGGAAUACAGUCUGCGGCCUGUGCGGAACCUUUGACGGGGAUCAAGACAAUGACUACACACUUCCCGAUGGAUCACUGGCCGAAAACCCAUCUGACUUUGGCCAUAGCUGGGCUGUGGACACGAUGGGAUGUGAACCACCAGUUGACCCGCCGCCUUGUCUUGAGGGAUCUGAGCUGUAUCGUCAGGCAUCGGAUCUUUGCUACAUACUGAUUGAUGUAACAGGCCCCUUUGCACCUUGUCAUGAUUUUGUGGAUCCAGGACCUUAUCAUGCGUCUUGUUUGUACGAUCUUUGUGAGACUCUUCCUGAAGAUGAUUUGGUUUGUGACAGCGCUGAGAGUUAUGCUGAAGCUUGCCGUGUAUCUGGACAAAUUCUAGACGACUGGAAAAGGGAGAAGGAGAUGUGUCAGCUACAAUGUUCCAGUGAGCUGAUAUACGAGUCUUGUGGCACAGCAUGUCCAGCUACCUGUCAGGAGCCACAAGGUAAUCCUGACUGCCAGCAGACUUGUAUCGAAACCUGCCGUUGUCCUGAUGGUCUUCUUCUGGAAGGAGAUCACUGUAUCCAUCCUUCCCAAUGUGGUUGUCUCUUGCAAGAUGGAGUUACCUACCUUCCGAAUGGGGGCGAGUGGGUAUCUACCGACUGCAGCCAAAAAUGUGUUUGUGACGCCGGCCAAGCACAGUGUUCUAGUUUGGAAUGUGACCAGUUUGCCAAAUGUGGCAUUAAGAACGGCGUUCGAAACUGUUACUGCAGAAAAGGAUAUGUCGGUGAUGGAUUGAACUGUCAACGAGCCUCCGGCAUGUGCAUGGCUUGGGGAGAUCCUCAUUACGUAACCUUUGACGGUGUCGAGUACGAUUUCCAGGGGGAUUGUGAAUAUACACUUGUCAGAGACUGCCGAAACUCGUCUGUGCUUCCAUCAUUCCAUGUGAUUGCUAACAACCUAAAGAGAAUGCCAUCUGAGCGCGUCUCGUUCACGAGAGAAAUUGUGUUGGACUUUGGAGGAAAGCAGUACGCUUUACUCCAAAGAGGAGAGGUGCAAAUCGACGGUAUAACCGUAUCACUACCUGUUCUGCAAUCGAAUGGAGUCAGUAUUCGAAAAUCUGGGGGCGAUGUGGUCCUAACUACAAGCUUUGACCUUGAGAUUAAGUGGAACGGCAAGAGUAAAUUUGUGAUCACAGUUGCAGCGACGUAUUGGAAUACAGUCUGCGGCCUGUGCGGAACCUUUGACGGGGAUCAAGACAAUGACUACACACUUCCCGAUGGAUCACUGGCCGAAAACCCAUCUGACUUUGGCCAUAGCUGGGCUGUGGACACGAUAGGGUGUGAACCACCAGUUGACCCGCCGCCUUGUCUUGAGGGAUCUGAGCUGUAUCGUCAGGCAUCGGAUCUUUGCUACAUACUGAUUGAUGUAACAGGCCCCUUUGCACCUUGUCAUGAUUUUGUGGAUCCAGGACCUUAUCAUGCGUCUUGUUUGUACGAUCUUUGUGAGACUCUUCCUGAAGAUGAUUUGGUUUGUGACAGCGCUGAGAGUUAUGCUGAAGCUUGCCGUGUAUCUGGACAAAUUCUAGACGACUGGAAAAGGGAGAAGGAGAUGUGUCAGCUACAAUGUCCCAGUGAGCUGAUAUACGAGUCUUGUGGCACAGCAUGUCCAGCUACCUGUCAGGAGCCACAAGGUAAUCCUGACUGCCAGCAGACUUGUAUCGAAACCUGCCGUUGUCCUGAUGGUCUUCUUCUGGAAGGAGAUCACUGUAUCCAUCCUUCCCAAUGUGGUUGUCUCUUGCAAGAUGGAGUUACCUACCUUCCGCGUGGUGCCGUUUGGAUUUCGCCCGACUGCUCCGAGAAAUGUCUCUGUGGCAAUGCUGGUAGCGUGCAGUGCUCAAUUUUAGAAUGUCAUGAGUCUGCCAGUUGUGAAAUCAAGAAUGGUGUUCGUGAUUGUUACUGUCAGAAUGGAUUUGUUGAAAGCGGAUUGGAAUGCACCAGAGGGCCCGGCACCUGUACAGUAUGGGGAGACCCCCACUAUUUGACAUUCGACCGAGUUAAGUAUGAUUUCCAGGGAGAUUGUGAAUACACACUGGCCAGGAACUGCAGUCAAACUUCAGAGGCUUUCCACCUGACGGCCAGGAAUAUCAAACAGAAACCGUCUGACCCGGUAUCAUACACUCAGGAAUUAAGAUUGUAUUACAAUGAUGUGGAAUACUCCUUACGAAGGAAGGGUGAACUUCGCAUUGACGGGAUAAUCGUCACGCCGCCAGUUCAACUUUUAGAUGGAGUUGUCAUCUUUCAAAACGGAUACAAACUGAUGUUGGCAACUCCCUUUGGGUUGUCUAUUCGUUGGGAUGGUUCCCGCACUGCCGAGAUAUCACUACCAUAUCACUAUGGCAACCGUACGUGUGGUCUCUGCGGUAACUUUGAUGGUAACCCUGACAACGAGUUUGUCACUCCAGAUGGACAGUUGGUCUCGACUGCGAAUGAUUUUGGAAGCAGUUGGGCAACGUAUCCCGAUCAAUGCUUUGGAGACAUUGUUGAACCAAAUCCGUGCGACGAACGACCGGAAAACGAAGAAAGAGCCCAAGAUUUGUGCUACGUCAUCAUCAAGCACACAGGUCCUUUCGCUUUGUGUCACGACUUCGUUGACCCCCGACCUUAUCACGAGGCUUGUGUGUAUGACCUUUGUGCUUAUUUGCCGGAGGAUGACCUACUUUGUGACAGCGUUUCGGAAUAUGCAGAGGCUUGUCGCAAUAGGGGCGUGGACAUUGGAAAGUGGAGGGCGGAAAUACCACAAUGUCCUUUUCCUUGCCCAGAGGGCUUGGAUUUCGAUCCCUGCGGAAAUGCUUGUCAAGACACAUGCGCAGUGCAUCACGUGCGAGACAUGUGCAAUCAGACGUGCGUGGAAACUUGCCGCUGCCCUGAUGGUCAAGUGCUCGAAGGAGGGCGCUGUAUCCAGCCUUCAGAAUGUGGGUGCCUCCUUCAAGAUGGUAUCUAUCUAAAGAGGGGAGAUUACUGGGUGAGUGAAGAUUGCUCGACGAGAUGUUACUGCAAUGGAACCCAAGCACAUUGUGAAGACUACACUUGCCACUCCAUGGCAAAAUGCGGCAUUGUAAACGGCGUGAGGGACUGCAUCUGUAAAAACGGAUACUCUGGCGAUGGAAGAGAGAAUUGUACCAGGACUCCCGGUAUGUGCUACAUAUGGGGCGAUCCACACUAUCUAACCUUUGACGGUCGUCAGUUUGACUUCCAAGGAGAUUGUGACUACACCUUGGUCGACGUUUGCGGGAAUCAUUCCUCGACUGCUCCACCUGUCUUCAGGAUUACGGCACAAAACGUGAAGAGAAAUUCAGAUGCUAAAGUAGCUUACACGCAGGAGUUGAAAGUGGAUUUGCACGGAAAGGUCUUUGUGCUCACUCAACUCGGCGCAGCAAGCACUGACGGGAUUGAUAUAAAGCUGCCGUUCCUGUCUAUAGAGGGCGUCAGCAUCUUGUUCACGGGCACUGAAACGAUUCUCACGACUUGUUUCGGGUUGAUUAUUAACUGGGACGGUAGACACACCGCCAAAAUAACAGUACCGGCUGACUACAGUGGUACAUUGUGUGGUCUAUGUGGAAACUACGAUGGAGUUAAGGAAAAUGAUUUCAUGCUACCAGAUCGCACAGUGGUGGGAAGUCCGAUCACAUUUGGUCAAAGUUGGCUCGCCGAGAAUUCAAGGUGUAACUCCAAUCCAGAAGACCCAGAUAUAUGCCAAGGCUUUGCAAAUGUAACACUCGGGAAAGAUUUAUGCUUUAUCAUAAAACAACAAAAUGGUCCAUUUUCGGAGUGCCAAGCUUAUAUUAAUCCGGAUCCAUACUACGAUGCAUGUGUGUACGACGCAUGCGCGACAUUACCAGAUGUUGACGUCAUUUGUGACGACAUCAGCGUCUAUGCAGAGGCCUGUGCCAGUUUAGGAUUUCCAGCAAUGCCGUGGAGAAGAGAAGACUUUUGUCCAUUGCCUUGUGCAAGUGAUAUGAAUUACACCCCAUGUGCUCCCCAAUGCCCUGAAACUUGUGCAAGUCAUGAGGUAGCUCAGGAGCCCGCCCUCUGUAGUUCUUGUCGGGAAGGCUGCGUCUGCUCGCCAGGUUUCAAACUCGACAAUCAUGAAUGCCUUCCCAUCAGUCAGUGCGGCUGCUCCGAAAAUGGCUUCUAUUAUUCAAUCGGUGAUAAAUGGGUACGCGAAAAUUGUACGAAUGAAUGUUCAUGCAUCGAUGCUCAGACGAUUGAUUGCCAGCCACUACGGUGCCAUGAUGAUGCAAGCUGCGGGGUCACACAGCGUCGCCGCGCAUGCGUCUGUGAUCCAGGCUUUGUUGGCGACGGCUUGAAUUGCACCAAAGUUGAGGAACCAACCACAGUUGUGCCAACAACUUUGAACGAGUUGACAACCUCUGGCGCUACUACCGAGUCUGACCCGUCUACAGUUGACUCCACUACACCAGUCGUGACAACAGAUGCAACAACAUUCCAAGAGUCAACAACUGCGGGUUCGACUACAGAGCCAAAUAUGCCGACAAAAUCAUCCACAUUUGAAUCAAUGACAGACUCUGUCAGCUCGAUACAAAGCACUAUUAAGGAGUCCAGCACACUUCAGUUGACGACACAAAUCAAAGUUGAGUCGACAACUUAUUCAACAACAGUUGAGGAUAAAAACACAGAACUUGACACAACCACAGUCGAUUUUGAGACAACUACAGAUCAGUUAACUACAGAACAACCGGCAGAGGAGUCAUCAACACUAUUCCAGCCUGUCACUACAAUCCAGCCGUCAGUUACAACUCUGCAACAAUUUACAACAGAUCAGCAAACAACAACAAGUGUAAAACAAACUACAACAGAUCAGCAAACAACAAGUGUAAAACAAACUACAACAGAUAAGCCAAUAACAACACCACAGCAGGCGAUCACUACCACCCAACGACCAAUUACAACUAUGCAACAAAUCACAACACAACCAAUCACACCCACGGAACCAGCAGUCACUUCGACUCCACAGCCAAUCACAACACAGCUCCCAGUUAUAACGACGCAGCCGGUCACCACUAUUCAGCCAACCACUACUUUCGUACCAACGACAACGCAGCCGCCAAUAUUGUACGAUUUGGUUGUGACAUAUAAAGAUUUCAGUUCCCUGACAGUAUUUUGGACACUGUAUAUCGAGGUUUCUGCCUUGCUGAUCGAAUGGCGCCCUCUCUCGAUAGGCUCAGAAUUUGAGAGAAGUUCUGCGCUUCUCCCCAGUGUGUCGGAGUACACAAUUACAAAUCUUCAAUCGGCCACGACGUACGAAAUCCGCUUAGCCUUACCGAAGGAUGGAGUAAUACUUUACGGUGAUUCUGUUUUCGAUAGCACUUGUCAAGAUGGGUUCACUAACCUGCUUUGCAGUGAGGAUAUUUCCAUCUACGACCUCACACUUGUGUCGGCCACCAGUAGUUCCUUCUCGUUGUCAUGGAAACUCACAGGCGCUAUGGACUGGAACCAGGUCGAGUACCAGUUUGACUUUGACACUUCUUGGCGCGAGGGGGUGCAAGUCUCGGGAACUACCACUGAGGCCAUGCUGUACGGACUUGAGCCUUUGCAGACCGUAUUGGUUAGGAUUCACGCGCGGAAACCGGACGGUACUGAUGCUUACACCGAUGAAAAGACGUUCGUGUCGUGUGUUAGCUUUUACCAGGGACCUGCUUGCGAAGAAUCUCUGCCUUACGAUGGCAGCAUCUUCGCAAGAGGUGGUUCCUCCCUAACCUUCCAGCUAGAUUCCAAUCUCGAGUCAGAGACGGUGACUGGCCAGUACCGCACAGGUUCCGUAGUCUCCCGUCAGUCCUGGCAGACAGGCCCCACCGUCCCUGCCUCCCGACAGGUAUAUAUACUGGAUGGUCUGGAGCCUGACGUCAACUACAACGUCCGCUUUGUCUUCAUUGGGAGCGGUGGGAAUGUGACCAUCUCACAAACGUACAGUGCUUCCACCUGCCAAAACCAACUGCAGGGACUGAACUGUGAGGGUGAUUACUCAUCGGGUGCCUAUGAUCUCAAGCUGAUUGAAGCAACCAGCUCUUACAUAACAGUGUCCUGGGAGCUUGACGUAGAAAUUACAUCAUAUGAGGUACAAAUCCGCCUGCAGUCACAGCCAGACUGGGCAUCGGUUGGUCAAUUGCCACCGGGGCGUCAAGCCAUUACCAUCGAGAAUCUUACCCCGGUGACGUACUACGUGGUCCGUGUCGUUGUCUCUCUACUUGGGGAGUUAGGAGACGUCGUGGGCGGAGAACUUGUUGUGCUGACCUGCUCAAUGAAUUAUGAUGGAAUCAAUUGCGAAAAUUAUACCCCAACAACACCAGCACCAACAGCAGCCAUGACCACGCCCUUCACCAACAUCUUCAAUGUGACGUCAGUAAAUAGUCUGUCCAUCACAACCAUGUGGCUCACGUCAUCAGGCGUAGGCUUCGUGCAGCUGCAAUUCCGCAUCAUCAACACGCGGACCUGGAGAAACGGCACGCUAAACUUCGGCCAGCACAAUGUGUACGUGCUGACGGGGCUUGAGAAAGAGACUACGUACGAGAUACGGGUCCUGUACGGCUUGGACUCUGUGGUGAUAGCGAGUGACGUCAUUGUGACGACAACAUGUCGCCGAGGAUGGCAGGGCAGGACACAAUGUGACACAGACUAUAGCACCAUUGGAGCCUUCGAUGUCUUGCUGCAGCUGGCCACUAGCAAUUCUCUCGAUAUUUCGUGGGAAUUGAUGGUGGAUGCCGACUGGAACAUGGUGCAAUACCAGUUAGCAGGUGAUUCCGAAUGGCAGAACAGCACUCGUCUACCGAGUGAGGCAACUACUGCUAGUAUUCUGGGGCUGAUACCGGGCAGUGCCUACUCCCUACGUGUGCUUACCAAACGAAUACUUAGUGGUAUCGACUCCUCUCGUAAUCGUCGUCAGGCCGAAGAUGGAGACAUCGGAAUAAGUGCGUCUGUCUCGUACGCGACUUGCCUCGAGGGCAGUAUGGGACUUAACUGCGAACAAGAUGUGGUACAGGCAACCGUCCAACCAGAAGCUCCCGUCCAAACGCUUCUGAUUAUACUGGUUGGAAUUCUCGGAAUCUGUGUCGUUGUGCUAUUUGUCAUGAUGGCCAUGGUUCAUCGAAGAUGGAACAGACGACCAUCUCUUCGUCUGAAGAGUUUCCCGACCGAUACACCACCUAGUAACCUGCAGGUGAGACGGAGAGUGGAUGAUAACAUCUCUCUCGCCACCGAGGCGCCCUUCCAAAAAAGCGAUCCACUUGGAGCUGUCAAUCGAGGCUUGGAGGCCUACUACGGUGAUGCGGCUAUGCCAUCCACAUCCGCUGGUCGGUUACCCGUGGUUCAUGAGCACCAGUCGGGAGGCGAUAUGCGCUCAGUCUAUAGCAACAAUGAAAUUAAUUACUGAUUGCUCAUAUUCAAGCCUACGCCGAUAGCUAUGUUUCCGAAAAUUAAAUGGAAAAUGGAAAACAACUGAACAGAAGGAAUUUGGGGAUAUGCUUCUCUUUAAAUAAAACGAAUAAUUCCUGGAGCUGUACUUAAAGUUAUGCUCGGAGUUCCAACCUCCAUUGAACUGAUCACAUUAGGAUGCCGACUUUUGUCAUAACAAAAUUAUGGAUAAAACACCCUUUUUCCAAGGGUGGGUAACACUAAAUCAAUGUUGACAUGAUUGAAUUUAAUUUUUGUUUGGCGGUAGCACAUAACUUGGAUUUUUUUCCUCAUAUGCCUACAGGCCUAUAUUCUAAAUGACAUGCUAACUAAAACGUUGAUAUUUGAUAUGUAUCUACUUAAAUUCGUUGAGUUAAUUGCUGUAGACUAGUGGUAUUAUGUAACCAAAAAAAAUACCCCGAAUCAUAAUUGAAACGUUUGUGUCUUAGGAGUAGGCGUUUACGUUUUGUUGAAUGCGUAACGUAUGGUAAAUCCAGUAUGUACGUUUUUCUAAAAUAGUCAGUAGUUUCAAUCAGAUAUUAAAUAUAUUUUUAGUCUUCUUGUAAAACUUAGUUGAAUUUGUUGCUAAAGAAUUUUAUAAAGAGUUUUCAGUCCGAACAGACAAUCGUGAUUACUUCAUGAAUUUCAUUUGAUGACAGCCAAUCAUAAUAUAGAAUUUAUUCUCUUCAGCUUGAGAAACCAAUAAAAAAACUGAAGCAACUCUUUUAUCGCAA